CCGUUAAUCUCUCUCCUUAAUCAAUACCAUCUCUCUCUCUCUCUCUCUCUCUCUCUCUCUCUCUCUCUCUCUCUAAACUGAUUUAAUGGCGGAUGAGAGCAAAGACACUGCUAUUACUACAGCGAUCAUGGAAUCAUCGUCAAAAACAUUUCUCCACCCACUUCACGAAAUCGCCAUGACUCCAACCCACAAGCUUCUCUUAAAGCAAUGGCUUAAAGAAGAAGAACUGAUCCUGAAUCGAAUCGCUCUCAAAGAAACCCAGAUCGAUGCUGUUCGAAAGGAAAUCACUCACAUCUACUGUUUCUUCUUCCUGUUUCACUCGAUCUCGCUAAUGCUCCUCUUCAGCAGCGCAUCUUCGUCUACAUCUGGAUCAUGCAACCGAUCAUGGAUCCCAUCUCUCUGUUCGCUCCUCUGUUCUCUGGGAUUAAUCUGGGCCGUUCGUUACAAGACAGACACAGAAUCGCAUCUGGAGAAAUUACUGGAGAGGGAGAAAGAAGAUGGGAAGUUAUUGGGGAAGUGUGUGGAGGAAUUGAAGAAGAAAGGUUUGGAGUUUGAUUUGUUGAAGGAAGUUGAUGCACUUCGAAGGGCUAAAAGUUUGAGGGUUGAAGGUAAAGCUGUGAAGAAAUGGUCAACGAGAGACUUUGUUACUCUGUUUUUCUUCACUGUUUCUUGUUUGGUUCUUGCUCUUACUCGGGUCAUUCUCUGCAAUUGAUCCAAAAUGGUGAUAUGGGUUUUAAAUUUUUUGAUUACUUCAGUGGGAUUUGGGUUCUUUUUCAGUAGAUUGGGGAUUACAGAUGUUUGAUUUUUGAUGGUGGUGUUAACGGAAACUUUUGGUUUCUGGUUUGACAUUGCAUAAUUAUCUAUGAAUAGCAAAUUACAAAGGAUCAGAUUCAGACACAGUAAUAAUAAUAAUAUAAUGUUUUUAUUUCA